AUGGACGAAGAAAAGGCAAAGGCUGAGAAGAAGGCUGCGGCGAAGAAGAAGUUCGAUCAAAUGCGGAAGGCCAAAGCGAAAAAGACCGAGGGCAGUAGUGGGAAAAAGGACCCUGGCACUACUACUGCUUCUGCGUCAGACGUAGGCGAGGGGAAGAAGAAGAAGGGCAAGAAGGGGAAAAAGGAGGAGGAGCAAGUAGAGGAGGAGGAUAAGGAAGAGGAGCAAAUUGAAGACGAAGAGAAGGAGAACGAAAAAGAGGAGGACGAAAAGGAGGAAGAAAAAGAAGACGACGACGGCGAUGACGAAAACCAACAGACCGAAGCCUUUCCUACCAUCCCCGAAGACACCACCACCACUACUACCACCGAGUCCAAACCGACCCCCUCUCUCUCCCAACAAUCCAAAGCGCGAUCGACCUCGUUCCGGCAAGGCUCCAUCUCGCUGUCCACCGCGCCCGGAAGCAUACCCCCCGUCCCGCCUCUCUCACCGAGCGCUGCCGCAACAGGACUGGGCGUGUUCAGUCCUGAAGGGGAGACGGCCCCGGAUAUCUACCGGAAGCAUGUGCAGCGGAUUGAAGAGCUGGAGCGGGAGAAUAAGGGGCUGCUGAAGGAGGCGAAGGAUGCGGAGAGAAGGUGGGAGAAGGCGGAGGGGGAAUUGGCGGAUUUGCGGGAGGGUGUGAGCGCUGGGGCUGGGGCUGGGAAUGAGGAGGUUAUCAAGCUGAAAACCGACCUUGCCGCGCUCCAACGACAAAACAGCCAGCUGCAAACCCAGCUCACCCGGCGCCACGGCUCGUCACCCUCGCUCUCCAUGUCCGCUCCCCCACCAGCCACGGAGCUCGAAGCGCAGCUCCGAAGCAAAUCCUCCACGAUCGAGACCAUGGAACUCGAGAUGUCGCGCCUGCGCGCCCAGGUCGAGCGCCUCUCCGUCUCGGCGUCCACCCCUUCGGAACAAAUCACCGCCCUGGAGGAAAAGCUCGCGCGGGCAGACAAGGCGGCCGGGCUCGCGCAGCGCGAGCUGCACGACGUCAAGGCCGAGCUGGAGACGGCCUCCAAAAAGGCCGUUAAGGAAGGCUCCGAGCGCGCAUCGGCCGAGACGAAGCUACGCACGCUCGAGCAGCAAGCGACCGAAGCCACGACUGCGAAGGAUGAGCUAGUCAAAAAGGUCGACGCGCUCGAGAAGAAGGUGACCACGCUCACAACGCUGCACAAGGAACAGGAUGGCCGGACGCAGGCGCUGCGGAAGGACAAAGAGCGCGCGGAAAAGGAGGUCGGCGAGCUCAAGAGCAAAUUGGAGCGCGCCGAAGCGGAGAAUCUGCGGCUGCGGAAGAAGGAUGCGGCUGAGGGUGGUGGGGAUGAUGAAGGGGUUGAUGAGCUGGAAGAUGAGGGGCGGUUGCGGUUGGAGAAGAGGGUGCGGGAGCUCGAGGCGGAGAAUACGGAUCUGCGGCGGGGCAUCUGGCAGGAGAAGAGGCGCGAGAUGCAGGUCGGCCCGGAAGACGAUGCGGCUGCGGCUGCGGCUGCUGCUGGUAUCAGCGGGAGUGGCCACGGCCGGUUUGAGACAGUUGACCUCGGCGGUGCGGCCUCUGCCUCUGCGCCGGCGAGGAAGGGCAUCACCACCGGCAGUGGCGCUGGGCUAGGCGAGUUCUUUACGAGCGGGCUGAACGCCAUCACCGGCGCAGCGGCCUCCGCCGCUUCAGGUGGGAGCGGCCCCCAUGCUCAUCAUGCUCAUGGUCAUCAUCAUACCCAGGGACAUGGCCACGGCCACGAUGAUGGCCUGCUGGAGGAUGAUGACAUGGAGUUUGACGAGGAAGCAUUCCGGCGGGCGCAGGAGGAGGAGCAAAAGACGCGGAUCGAGCGAAUCAAGGAGAUUAAGCGGUCACUGAAGAAUUGGGAGGGGUGGAGGCUUGAUUUGGUGGAGAAUCGAAGGGGCGGGGGGGAAGGCAUCGGGGAGAUUUUUGAUAUUUAG